AUGCUUAAACUCGGGGUCUGCGAUAAUAUUUUGCCCAGUAACCAGAUUUUAAGGGAAUAUGUGAUCCUUCAAGAGUACCUGGGUGGCGGUGACCUAUACGAAUCUAUAAACCCAGAAAAAGGUUUAACCAAUAUGGUUAAUGCAAAGAACUAUAUGUUGCAAUUGUGCGACGGUUUAAGUUACUUGCACGAUCUUAAUAUUGUUCAUCGUGAUAUCAAACCUGAAAACAUUGCUUUAACUAGCGAUCUUUCAUGUCUUAAAAUCAUUGACUUCGGUUUAUCCGAAUUUACAGUCCCCAAGAGAUCACACAAAAGACAGGUGGGUACAGUGCCUUACAUGGCCCCAGAGUUAUGGUACGAUCUCGAAUCGGAGUUUACUGAUACCGAUUUAAAAGCAGUAGACGUAUGGGCAUUCGGUGUGGUUUUUUUUACAAUAUUGACUGGAAGAUUCCCUUGGUCGCAGGCUAGUAGCGAAAGUGAGGAGUACGUAAG